GGCCUCCUGCACUGGCUAACAAGUCCAUUUCGAUUCAUCGCAAACAAUGGCUCACGAUUAUUACUCCCAAGAUAUUGGUCUCUCAAUGCUAUCAAGAGAGUAUUACAAAAGCCCAUUGUAGUUCCCGCUCGUUAUAUCGUUGAUGCCGCCACAAACGGCCCAGCCGCCAGAGCCGCAUACCUUCAACGAGUGGAGAACGAUCGUUCCAACUUUUUAGCGAUGUCUCAACUAGCGAGCUUUCAGCUAUUUCCCGACUAUAACUUCAAAUAUAGCAAGUUGGCCGAUAGAGGACUUUUCACGCUCAACCUAUGGAGACAAAGAAAGCAGAGGAAGGAGGAAAACAGGCUCUUCAAUGAUCUUUCUUCUAAAGACUCGCCAUUAUAUCCCACUUUACGAAGUGCUGCUGAUGCCUAUAUUAAGAUGACAGCGGCUGUCGCUCGAGGUGAUACCACGACUUUACCGCAGUAUGCUGGAAAGAAAUAUCUUGCAACUGUAGCAAAGCGAGCUAGGCAAGUUGCGGACAAGAAGCACAAAACCAACUAUCAAUGGCAAUUUGAGAAAUGGAUUCAAGACCCACAAUGUAUCUCUAUCCGCUCGGAUGACAUCUUUCUCUGCAAGUUAGUUGAGCAUAAGCUAUGUGGUACCAAACUGACUCUUCUUUAUCAUAAAGUCCAUGGUGGUGUCAGAACGCUUUUCGAGGGGAAAGUUGCAACACGAGACCUCGAUCGUUACUCGCAAGAACAUGGAUUCCAGAUCGAUCCCCCAAAUUUGUUCAAGAGGUAUUCGAAGGACAAGAGUUCCUCAUCAAGAGGGAUGAUGCGAUGUUACGAGAGGCCGCAACGAAAGGUGAUGCAGCAAGUGAAAACAAAGCGACCAAUCCAGUCCCUGAGUCUUCUCAUGCUUCGCAAAUAUCAGUCAAAGUACAUAACAGCUAGUCUAGAUGAGGAUUCUGCGCUUGAAUACCGAGAAGGCGCGCAUAUUUGGAAUGAAUCUCAGUCGAUGUUAACCACGAAACUGCUCAGACAAUGUUACGACACAGGGUUGAGUGGGAAUGAGGUUAUUCCUUACAGUGAGUUUAACAGAAGCAAAGAUACGCUAAUGGACGAAUAA